AUGAGACUCGAGCUGGGAUUGGAGUCGGCUUUCUUGAACAUUUUGACAAGGGAUGGGAUUAGAGUUGGAAUUGAGAGUCAUGAUGAAAUUGGAAUUGAGUUGGGUUAUGUUGAUGUAUCAGACCUCAUGGAAGUUCCAAUUCUAAUGAGUAAUGAGACUGGAUAUGAUGAAAUUAAUGUUUUCAAGCUUAGGAAGAAUGGUAGUCUUGCUGGCCCCAACCCAAAGCUCCGCCCUACACCACCAUCUCCACCACAACCAUCGCUUUCCGGAGAAAAGAUAACUCCACCAUACGUAGCCAAAAUUAGCACCAUUGGCAGAGCGUUAGGACUUAUGUUGUUGAUUUUAGGUUUCAUCAUUUUCCGGCGAGUGAAACGCUCUGGCGACAAGUCAUCCGAUGAGCAAAAAUCAAAAGAUUCCGGCCUCCCGUCUGAUAGGUGUCAUCGGUUUACAAUUUACCAGAGAAUUUGA